AACCCACCUUCCGACUUGAAUUUUAAAAUUAUAGAUGAAAAUACUGUUCACAUGUCAUGGGAGAGACCAGCUGAUCCAAUUGUGGGUUACAGAAUAACAAUAGAGUCUACAACAGAUGGGCCUACUAAAGAAUUUACACUUGCAGCUAGUACCACUGAAACUCUAUUGUCAGACCUUAUUCCUGAGACAGAGUAUGUGGUGACUAUAACUUCCUACGAUGAAGUAGAAGAAAGCGUGCCAGUUAUAGGUCAACUAACAAUUCAAACAGGUGGUCCAACAAAGACGGGGGAGCAGAAAUCUGGAAAAACAGAGAUACAAAAGUGCUCUGUCAGUGCCUGGACCGAUUUAGUGUUUCUUGUGGAUGGCUCCUGGAGUGUGGGAAGAAAUAAUUUCAAGUACAUUUUAGACUUCAUUGUUGCUCUUGUGUCUGCCUUUGACAUUGGGGAGGAGAAGACAAGGGUUGGAGUUGUUCAGUACAGCUCAGAUACCAGGACUGAAUUUAACUUAAAUCAGUAUUAUCGAAGAGAAGACCUGCUUGCUGCAAUUAAAAAAAUACCGUACAAAGGUGGCAACACAAUGACAGGGGAUGCCAUUGAUUACUUAGUUAAAAACACUUUCACUGAAUCUGCUGGAUCAAGAGCUGGCUUUCCUAAAGUGGCAAUUAUUAUCACGGAUGGCAAGUCUCAGGAUGAAGUUGAAAUUCCAGCACGGGAACUUCGGAAUAUUGGAGUUGAGGUUUUCUCUCUGGGCAUUAAAGCUGCAGAUGCAAAAGAACUCAAACAAAUUGCAUCCACACCUUCCCUGAAGCAUGUGUUCAAUGUGGCCAAUUUUGAUGCAAUUGUGGACAUCCAGAAUGAGAUAAUCUCCCAGGUGUGUUCAGGAGUAGACGAGCAACUUGGUGAGCUGGUCAGUGGAGAAGAAGUCAUCGAGCCUCCUUCAAAUCUUGUAGUCACAGAACUCUCAUCAAAAUACGUUAGGUUGAGCUGGGAUCCAUCCCCCAGUGCUGUGACCGGCUAUAAGAUCCUCCUCACACCAAUGGCAGCGGGAAGCCGACAUCAUGCUUUGAGCGUGGGGCCCCAGACGACCACGCUCAAUGUUCGUGACCUUUCAGCUGACACAGAAUACCAGAUCAGCGUUUUUGCCAUGAAGGGUCUGACAUCCAGUGAGCCCAUUUCAAUCAUGGAGAAGACGCAGCCAAUGAAAGUUCAAGUGGAAUGUUCACGUGGUGUGGAUAUAAAAGCCGACAUCGUGUUUUUGGUUGAUGGUUCCUACAGCAUCGGGAUCGCAAACUUUGUUAAAGUUAGAGCCUUUUUAGAAGUUCUUGCAAAAAGUUUUGAGAUUUCUCCAAACAGGGUGCAGAUAAGCCUUGUCCAGUACAGCAGAGACCCUCACACCGAGUUCACAUUGAAGGAGUUCAACAGAGUUGAAGAUAUAAUCAAAGCAAUAAACACCUUCCCAUACAGGGGAGGAUCCACAAACACAGGCAAAGCAAUGACUUACGUCAGAGAGAAAAUAUUUGUGCCUAACAAAGGCUCCAGAAGCAACGUACCAAAGGUGAUGAUUCUCAUCACAGAUGGGAAGUCGUCAGAUGCUUUCAGGGACCCUGCUAUAAAACUCAGGAACUCGGACGUGGAGAUCUUUGCAGUUGGUGUAAAGGAUGCUGUGCGCUCAGAACUGGAAGCCAUUGCCUCUCCUCCUGCUGAGACCCAUGUGUUCACAGUGGAGGAUUUUGAUGCCUUUCAGAGGAUAUCAUUUGAACUCACACAGUCUAUCUGUCUUAGAAUUGAGCAAGAGUUGGCAGCUAUAAAGAAGAAAGCUUACGUGCCACCAAAGGAUCUGAGGUUUACUCAGGUAACUGCUAACAGUUUCAAAGCUGAAUGGUCUCCUGCUGGAGACAAUGUCUUUUCAUAUCAUGUCACGUACAAGGAUGCUAACGGUGAUGAUGAGGUCACAGUGGUGGAGCCAGCCUCCAGCACCAGUGUUGUCCUCAACAACCUGAAACCAGAGACCCUGUACUUGGUGAAUGUGACCGCAGAGUAUGAGGAUGGCUUCAGUAUUCCUGUAUCUGGGGAGGAGAGCACAGCAGAAGUAAAAGGAGUUCCACGAAACCUGAAGGUGACAGAUGAGACUACAGACAGUUUUAAAAUUACCUGGUCUCAAGCUCCAGGGAGAGUCUUAAGGUAUCGAAUUAUAUACAGACCAGUUUCUGGUGGAGAAAGCAAAGAAGUUACUACCUCAGCCAAUCAGAGGAGGAAAACACUGGAGAACCUGACACCAGACACAAAAUAUGAAAUAUCUGUGAUUGCUGAAUAUUCCUCGGGACCUGGCUCUCCACUGACAGGAAAUGCAGCCACCGAAGAAGUUAGAGGGAAUCCAAGAGAACUAAGAGUUUCUGAUGCUACAACAUCAACGCUGAAGUUGUCUUGGAGUGGGGCACCAGGAAAAGUGAAGCAGUAUCUUGUUACAUACACCCCAGCAGCAGGAGGUGAAACUCAGGAGGUCACUGUGAGAGGGGAUACAACCACCACCGUGUUGAGGAAAUUGAAGGAAGGGACACAGUACGAUUUAUCUGUGACAGCACUGUAUGCAUCUGGGGCUGGCGAGGCCCUUUCUGGAAAAGGAUCAACACUUGAAGAACGUGGUUCACCUCAAAAUCUAGUUACCAAAGACAUCACAGACACGUCAAUAGGGGCCUAUUGGACAUCUGCUCCAGGAAUGGUUCGGGGGUACAGGGUCUCAUGGAAGUCGCUUUAUGAUGAUAUUGAGGCUGGAGAGAAAACUCUUCCUGGAGAUGCAAUUCACACUAUGAUAGAGAACCUGCAGCCAGAGACCAAAUACAAAAUUUCAGUUUUUGCAACUUACAGCAGUGGAGAAGGAGAACCCGUGACUGGAGAUGCCACAACUGAAUUAUCUCAAGAUUCCAAAACCUUAAAAGUGGAUGAAGAAACAGAACACACGAUGAGAAUUACCUGGAAAGCAGCACCAGGAAAAGUCACCAACUACCGAGUUGUGUAUCGCCCGCAAGGGGGUGGGAGACAGAUGGUUGCUAAGGUGCCGCCCACGGUCACUUCAACAGUGCUAAAGAGACUUCAACCUCAGACCACAUAUGACAUCACAGUUCUCCCAAUGUAUAAGACAGGAGAAGGAAAGCUUAGGCAAGGAUCAGGAACAACAGCUUCUCGAUUUAAAUCGCCAAGAAACCUCAAAACUUCUGACCCAACAAUGUCAAGCUUUAGAGUGACUUGGGAGCCUGCCCCUGGGGAAGUGAAAGGUUACAAAGUCACAUUCCACCCUACAGGCGAUGACAGAAGACUUGGGGAGUUGGUCCUUGGACCAUAUGAUAACACAGUUGUCUUGGAGGAGCUUAGGGCAGGCACCACCUAUAGAGUCAAUGUUUUUGGGAUGUUUGAUGGAGGAGAAAGUUUACCACUUGUUGGGCAAGAAAUGACAACUCUUUCUGACACAACUGUGACACCAUUUCUAUCUUCUGGGAUGGAAUGUCUCACCAGAGCUGAAGCAGACAUUGUCUUGUUGGUGGAUGGGUCAUGGAGCAUCGGCCGUGCAAAUUUCAGAACUGUGCGAAGCUUCAUUUCUCGUAUUGUGGAAGUCUUUGAAAUUGGUCCCAAGAGAGUACAAAUUGCUCUCGCUCAGUACAGUGGAGACCCUAGAACAGAGUGGCAGUUAAAUGCUCACAGAGACAAGAAGAGUUUAUUACAGGCUGUGGCGAACUUACCAUACAAAGGAGGAAACACCCUCACAGGCAUGGCUUUGAAUUUCAUUCGCCAACAGAGCUUCAAGACUCAAGCUGGCAUGAGGCCUCGUGCUCGAAAAAUUGGAGUUCUCAUUACCGAUGGAAAAUCACAAGAUGAUGUGGAGGCUCCAUCCAAGAAACUCAAGGAUGAAGGCGUGGAGCUGUUUGCUAUUGGUAUUAAGAAUGCUGAUGAAGUUGAGUUAAAGAUGAUUGCCACUGAUCCAGAUGACAUUCACGCAUACAAUGUGGCAGAUUUUGAGUCAUUGUCCAAGAUUGUGGAUGACCUCACCAUCAACUUGUGUAACAGUGUCAAGGGCCCUGGUGACUUGGAAGCACCGACUAACUUAGUUAUUUCUGAGAGAACUCAUCGUUCUUUUAGAGUGAGCUGGACACCCCCUUCUGACAGUGUGGACAGAUACAAGGUGGAAUACUACCCUGUCUCUGGAGGGAAACGCCAGGAGUUUUAUGUGAGCCGACUAGAAACCAGCACAGUGCUGAAGGAUCUGAAGCCCGAGACUGAGUAUGUGGUGAACGUGUAUUCUGUGGUGGAAGAUGAGUACAGUGAGCCUCUGAAGGGCACAGAGAAAACCCUGCCAGUCCCUGUAGUUAGCCUGAAUAUUUAUGAUGUUGGCCCCACCACUAUGCAUGUGCAAUGGCAGCCAGUGGGAGGAGCUACGGGCUACACCGUAUCACACCUACCUACAAGAUCUCCAGAAGCAACAAAGCCCAAAGAGAUGCGAGUGGGACCAACAGUGAAUGAUGUGCAGCUGACAGGCCUCCUUCCUAACACAGAGUAUGAGGUCACUGUCCAGGCCAUCCUGCAUGACCUCACUAGUGAACCUGCCAAAGCUCGGGAAGUCACACUGCCCUUACCCAGACCUCAGGAUGUGAAACUCAGAGAUGUGACCCACAGCACCAUGAAUGUCAUCUGGGAACCUGUGCUUGGAAAAGUUCGAAAAUACAUUGUUAGAUACAAAACUCCAGAAGAGGAGUUCAAAGAGGUGGAGGUGGACAGAUCAAGGGCCAGCACUACCCUCAAAGACCUCUCCUCUCAAACCCAGUACACAGUGAGCGUUUCCGCAGUGUAUGAUGAGGGAAUAUCUCCCCCAGCGACGGCUCAGGAAACAACCCGGCCUGUUCCAGCCCCAACCAACUUACAGUUUACUGAAGUCACACCAGAGAGUUUCCGGGGAACCUGGGAUCAUGGAGCUUCAGAUGUGUCUCUCUACAGAAUAACCUGGGCACCUGUCGGGAACCCAGAUAAGCGUGAGACCAUCUUAAAUGGAGAUGAAAAUACCUUGCUGUUUGAAAAUCUGAACCCCAACACACUGUAUGAAGUCUCCAUUACUGCCAUCUAUCCUGAUGAGUCUGAAAGUGACGACCUGAGUGGCAGCGAGCGCACACUGCGUCUGAUACCCUUAACAACACAAGCGCCAAAAAGUGGUCCACGGAACCUUCAGGUGUACAAUGCUACAUCUAACAGCUUGACUGUUAAGUGGGAUCCUGCUAGUGGCCGUGUGCAGAAGUACAGAAUCACCUAUCAGCCUUCAACAGGAGAAGGCAAUGAACAAACGACCACAGUAGGAGGACGGCAGAACAGCGUGGUCCUGCAGAAACUGAAGCCCGACACUCCGUACACCAUCACGGUGUUUUCCCAGUAUCCUGAUGGUGAAGGCGGCAGGAUGACUGGAAGGGGCAAGACAAAACCUCUGAAUACUGUGAGGAAUUUGAGAGUGUAUGACCCAUCUACCAGCUCUUUGAGUGUUCGCUGGGACCAUGCAGAAGGCAAUCCUCGUCAGUACAAGCUCUUCUAUGCCCCCACAGCAGGUGGCCCAGAAGAACUGGUACCAAUCCCUGGGAAUACCAACUAUGCCAUUCUUAGGAACCUGCAGCCAGAUACUCCAUAUACCAUCACGGUGGUUCCUGUCUAUACAGAAGGUGAUGGUGGGCGCACAUCAGAUACUGGAAGGACAUUGGUGAGAGGACCGGCGAGAAAUGUCCAAGUGUAUAACCCUACGCCCAACAGCCUCGAUGUCCGCUGGGACCCCGCCCCAGGGCCAGUGCAGCAGUACCGAAUUGUGUAUUCUCCUGUUUCUGGUACAAGACCAUCAGAAUCUAUUGUGGUGCCAGGGAAUACCCGCACGGUGCAUCUGGAGAGGUUGAUUCCUGACACACCCUACUCUGUGAACGUUGUGGCUCUCUACUCAGAUGGAGAGGGGAAUCCCAGCCCCAGCCAGGGCCGAACACUUCCACGGAGUGGACCAAGGAAUCUACGGGUCUUUGGGGAGACGACCAACAGCCUCUCUGUAGCCUGGGACCAUGCUGAUGGGCCAGUUCAUCAAUACAGGAUCAUCUAUUCUCCUACUGUUGGUGAUCCAAUUGACGAAUAUACCACAGUUCCAGGAAGGAGAAACAAUGUAAUACUGCAGCCCCUGCAACCUGACACUCCAUAUAAAAUUACUGUCAUUGCCAUUUAUGAGGAUGGAGAUGGUGGCCAUUUAACUGGAAAUGGGAGGACUGUGGGUCUGCUCCCUCCUCAGAACAUACACAUCUCUGAUGAAUGGUACACAAGGUUCCGAGUGUCCUGGGACCCUUCACCUUCACCAGUUCUUGGAUAUAAAAUUGUGUACAAGCCAGUGGGUUCCAACGAGCCCAUGGAAGCCUUUGUUGGAGAAGUGACAUCAUACACAUUACACAACCUCAAUCCCAGCACUACCUAUGAUGUCAGUGUUUAUGCACAGUAUGACUCUGGACUCAGCGUUCCCCUCACAGAUCAAGGCACCACGUUAUACUUAAAUGUGACAGAUCUGAAAACUUACCAGGUUGGAUGGGAUACGUUCUGUGUCAAAUGGUCACCUCACCGGGCAGCUACCUCCUACAGGCUAAAGCUGAGUCCUGCAGAUGGAACCAGGGGACAAGAAAUAACUGUGCGAGGAUCAGAGACCAGUCACUGCUUCACUGGCCUCUCCCCGGAGGCUGAGUAUAGCGUUACUGUUUUUGUGCAGACACCAAAUCUCGAGGGGCCGGGUGUCCCCAUCAAAGAACAGACCACUGUGAAACCAACAGAGGCUCCUACAGAACCACCCACGCCUUCCCCUCCUCCCACUAUUCCACCAGCCCGUGAUGUAUGCAAAGGUGCCAAGGCAGAUAUCGUGUUCUUGACGGAUGCCUCUUGGAGUAUUGGAGAUGACAAUUUUAACAAAGUUGUAAAAUUUAUCUUUAAUACUGUGGGGGCCUUUGAUGAAAUCAGCCCUGCUGGGAUUCAGGUUUCUUUUGUGCAGUACAGUGAUGAGGUCAAGUCUGAAUUCAAGCUGAACACAUACAACGACAAGGCUCUAGCCCUUGGAGCCCUUCAGAACAUUCGCUACAGAGGAGGAAACACAAGAACAGGCAAGGCCCUCACAUUUAUUAAGGAGAAAGUCUUGACCUGGGAGAGCGGCAUGAGGAAGAAUGUCCCAAAGGUGCUGGUUGUGGUCACAGAUGGCCGGUCACAGGAUGAAGUGAAGAAGGCAGCCUUUGUUAUCCAGCAGUCAGGGUUCAGUGUAUUUGUUGUGGGCGUGGCCGACGUGGACUACAACGAACUCGCCAACAUUGCCAGCAAGCCCAGUGAGAGGCAUGUAUUCAUCGUGGAUGACUUUGAAUCUUUUGAGAAGAUCGAGGACAAUCUCAUCACAUUCGUUUGUGAAACUGCCACUUCAAGUUGUCCUCUCAUCUAUCUGGAUGGCUACACAUCACCAGGCUUUAAGAUGCUUGAAGCUUACAACCUGACAGAAAAGAAUUUUGCUUCUGUCCAAGGAGUCUCUUUGGAAUCAGGGUCUUUCCCCAGCUAUUCAGCCUACAGGCUUCAGAAGAAUGCCUUUAUCAAUCAGCCCACUGCAGAACUCCACCCGAAUGGACUCCCCCCUUCAUACACGAUUAUAUUACUGUUUAGACUUCUCCCAGAAACUCCUAGUGACCCCUUUGCAAUUUGGCAAAUUACAGACAGAGACUACAGACCACAAGUUGGAGUGAUUGCAGAUCCUUCUAGCAAGACACUGUCUUUCUUUAAUAAGGACACAAGAGGCGAGGUACAAACUGUUACAUUUGACACAGAUGAAGUGAAGACAUUAUUUUAUGGAAGCUAUCAUAAGGUCCAUAUUGUAGUCACCUCAAAGAGUGUUAAGAUUUAUAUUGACUGCUAUGAAAUUAUAGAAAAAGACAUCAAAGAAGCUGGAAAUAUAACAACUGAUGGCUAUGAAAUUCUUGGAAAACUUCUUAAAGGGGAGAGGAAAUCAGCCACAUUCCAAAUCCAGAGCUUUGACAUUGUUUGCAGCCCAGUGUGGACCAGUAGAGACAGAUGCUGUGAUAUUCCCUCUAGGAGAGAUGAAGCUAAAUGCCCCGCUCUUCCAAAUGCUUGCACAUGUACACAGGACAGCGUUGGACCUCCAGGCCCUCCAGGCCCUGCAGGAGGACCUGGUGCAAAAGGUCCCAGAGGUGAAAGAGGCAUCAAUGGGGCAGUUGGGCCCCCUGGUCCCCGGGGAGAUACUGGCCCUCCAGGCCCCCAGGGUCCUCCAGGCCCCCAGGGACCCAAUGGACUCUCCAUUCCAGGAGAACAGGGUCGCCAGGGAAUGAAAGGUGAUGCAGGAGAGCCAGGACUUCCGGGCCGGACAGGAACCCCAGGAUUACCUGGCCCACCAGGACCAAUGGGACCACCAGGAGACAGAGGUUUUACUGGAAAAGACGGUGCAAUGGGACCGAGAGGUCCCCCUGGGCCACCGGGAACCCCAGGCUCUCCAGGAGUCACAGGGCCAAGUGGGAAACCAGGAAAACCUGGAGACCAUGGCAGACCGGGUCAAUCUGGGUUAAAAGGAGAAAAAGGUGAUAGGGGAGACAUCGCUUCCCAGAACAUGAUGCGAGCGGUUGCAAGACAAGUCUGUGAACAACUGAUUAGUGGUCAGAUGAGCAGAUUCAAUCAGAUGCUGAAUCAGAUUCCAAAUGAUUACCACUCAAGUCGAAACCAGCCUGGCCCACCAGGGCCUCCAGGGCCCCCUGGCAGUGCUGGAGCCAGAGGAGAACCAGGGCCUGGGGGACGACCAGGAUUCCCUGGCACCCCUGGGAUGCAAGGACCCCCUGGUGAACGAGGUUUGCCUGGAGAGAAAGGGGAAAGGGGCAUUGGGUCUCAAGGACCCCGAGGACUGCCUGGGCCCCCAGGUCCACAAGGCGAAUCCAGAACGGGUCCACCUGGGUCUACAGGUUCAAGAGGCCCUCCUGGUCCCCCUGGUCGUCCAGGAAACUCAGGUAUCAGAGGACCCCCAGGUCCUCCUGGAUACUGUGAUUCAUCCCAGUGUGCCAGCAUCCCAUACAAUGGGCAAGGCUAUCCAGGUUCCGGCUAACAAAUUUUCUAAGUCUCCAGUGCUGCUUACAGUUUGAAUACAUGAGAAUCCUGUUUCUGAGAUGUUUGCGCACGUGCUUAUUAGAAAAUGAGUCUGUAUGGAAAUCUCACCGCAGAUAUGGUUAACGAACUGGGUCGGCAUCAUACAGGAGGGUGGAGACUCCAUACUAACUUGAAUGACACAAGGGCAGUAGUGUCUGCCUGAUGCUUUUCAGCAGUAAUGUAGAAAACCGUCUUUUAAAAAGUUCAAACACAGCCAGGAGGAGCCCUGGUUGUGAAGGAGGUGCCUAAUAAGCUACUAACCAGCAGAGACAUGCCGUGUUAAGACAGACAAUUAACCUGGUUGAAGAGAAAUGUCCUAUGUAAAUAAUAAACUAACUGUGGCUUGUAUGUGGAUCUGUAUGUGAUCCUGUAUACUAAAGUCUCAUAACAACUCAACAAUCUGCUUCUGCAUCAAAGCCUGCUGGCUGCUUGCUCUGUGCAGUAAUAACAGCGAAUGGAUCUGACCCUCUCUUGCUUGUUAGCAGUGUGUCUGAGUUCAGGGCAUGUGACUUCUCAGAAUUCUCUGUGUGUAUUUUAUUUGGGUUUCUUAACUGCAAUUUUUCAAACCAAAGUUUAAAAUCACCUUUCCUUCCUAUUUGACUGUGGUCACAGGUGUUCCUCACCCACUGACUGUAACUCUGCGUGGGGAACACCGUGGACUGUAUAAAACCUGGUGACAGCUCCUUUCACCCUGAGUUCAGUCUCUAGGCUUCAAUAUGCUUAAUGUCCUCAAUUCUCCAAGUUAUCUGUGUACCUGAUGAGUUUGAAGUCAUGAACGGUUAUUUAGGGACUUGCCAAAAAUCCUACCUAGGUUCUGUGUUUACAAUUCUUUGGCCCAAUUUUUGAUCCUUCCCAGGUUUUGUACAAUGAUUGUAUUUACUGCUGGAUCCUUGAGCCCCCCCACCCCACCCCCUUACCCGGCCCUCCUCCUUAUUUGAUCACCAAAUUCACUCUGCACAUGUGCACAUAGAAAUAAUCGGAACACCAUAAUGCAAAUGCAUCUAUUUAUGGUUGUGAGAUUAAGACUGGAGUGCCCUCACCUCUAGUGAUGACUUAACUUUUGCUGUGAGUGCAUACCUUCCAAGCCAUGCCAUAACUGUAAUGUUGAAUCGGACAGAGCCUUAUGUGCCCGAGGGUGGGGCCUACCUGCCUGAUCGCGAGCCCUUCAUCGUGCCUGUGGAGCCAGAGAGGACAGCAGAAUACGAGGAUGACUACGGUGCAGAUGAACCUGAACAGCAGCAGCACUCUGACCACAUGCGCUGGCGGCGAGCCCUGCGCCCAGGCCCUGGGCAGUGAACCUGAGACCACGGGUUCACCGAGGUGGGAGGUGUUGGGAUUCUCAUUCACAGAUCAGACAGAGCAGCAGUGUACGUCAUUUCUGUGACGUUUUCUCGGCGUCGCUUCAUCCACAAGUGCUCCUAUCUGACUGUAGAGAAUCUUGUUUCUGCAGGCAGCCUAGCUUGCAACAGUUUGUAGACAUCUAUGCCUUUGCCGUUCAAAUGGUUACAACACAAGCUGUUCACAGAAGCUGCGCAGAGAGAACGCACCCAGGGUGGGCUGAGGCAGCUAAGCUUCUAGGUUACCUAGCAAACCAGAGCAGCUGUCUGUUCAGAAAGGGCCUUUAUCGUACUUAGAACUAAUCUUCAGUUCAAUUGUAUCCCAUUUCCAGUCAUUUUGCUCCUAAAAUCAAAAAGGAGGGGAACACCAGCUCACUGCAGAGAUUUCCCUUUCUUUCCUUCCUCCUCUUACGCUUUAGGGCACAGAAUGCUCUUUGUCUUUUAACAACCACAGACCUUAAGCCUCGUAGCCGAAGUUAUUGUAUCAACUGGAUACUGUUCCAUAUCGCUUUAGAUGUCCUUGUUUUGACACACUAACAUUUAUGCCAAAUUGCAGAUUAUUCUGCAGAAAUGGAAUUGCAUGUUUAUGUUGUAUAUUUAGAAUGAACUUUUUUUUUUUUUGCAGAACAUGUUUCUUAGUUAUCAAAGCAGUUGGAAAUGUUUGCAAGACUAUGAACAUAGAAUUGCUGCUUUUAUAUUUUAACUGCAGAUUGUGAAUUUCACUGCCUUAUAUUAUUUAUUUCUGAAACAAAAGAGGCAUUUUUCAAUAAAACUACUGAAAAUUUGA